AUGUGGUCUUCACCCGAGUAUUCGAGAUACGUAUGCUUGACUGCACAUUAUGUUGACGAUGACUGGAAACUACAAAAGAAGACUCUUAAUUUCUUAACACUUGAUUCUUCUCAUACUGAAGACAUGCUUUCCGAAGUAAUUAUCAAGUGUCUACUGGAUUGGGACAUAGACUAUAAGUUGUUUGCCAUGACAUUUGAUGAUUGCUCGACUAAUGAUGACAUUGUCCCGAGAAUAAAAGAUCGUAUUUCUGAAAACAGGCCACGUUUAAGCAAUGGUCAACUGCUAGAUGUGCACUCAGCCGCACAUAUUCUGAAUUCCAUUGCUCAAGAUGCCAUUGAAGCUCUUCAUGUAGUCAUCCAAAAGAUUCGAGGAAGUUUUAGAUAUGUUAAAAGUUCACAACCAAUACUAGUGAAGUUCAAUGAGAUUGCCCAGCAACACGGAAUCAAGAACCACAAGAGCUUAGUUCUCGACUGCCCUAUACGAUGGAAUUCAACAUACAUGAUGCUCGAGACUGCUGUAGAGUACAGGAAUGUGUUCCAUCACUUGCCAGAUCUUGAUUCUGACCAUGCUUUAAGUGAUGAAGAGUGGGAACGGGCAAGUUCGAUUACCGGCUAUUUGAAACUAUUGGUUGAAAUCAUUAAUGUCUUUUCUGGCAACAAAUGUCCUACUGCAAAUAUAUAUUUCCCUGAAAUUUUUCAUGUCCACAUUCAAUUGAUUGAAUGGUGCAAGAGCACAGAUGAUUUUCUUUGUUCAUUGGCAACAAAGAUGAAAGCCAAGUUCGAUAAAUAUUGGAGCAAGUGCAGCCUAGCUUUGGCUGUAGCAGCGAUCUUAGAUCCCCGAUUCAAGAUGAAGUUGGUUGAGUAUUACUAUUCCCAAAUUUACGGCAGUACCUCUUUGGAACGAAUCAAAGAAGCAACUGAUGGUAUCAAGGAACUCUUUAACGCGUAUUCUAUCUGCCCGACUUUGGUCGAUCAGGAUUCAGCUUUACCUGGCAGUAGCUUACCUAGCAGUAGUAAUGAUACUAGAGAUAGACUAAAGGGUUUCGACAAAUUCCUCCACGAGACAUCUCAGAGCCAAAGUUCAAUAUCGGACUUGGAAAAAUGUUUAGACGAGCCCGUCUUUCCUCGUAACUGUGAUUUCAGUAUCUUGAAUUGGUGGAGGGUUCACACUCCGAGAUAUCCAAUCCUGUCGAUGAUGGCACGGGAUGUGCUAGGAACUCCUCUGUCAACUGUUGCACAGGAGUUCGUGUUCAAUGCCGGAGGCCGGAUGCUUGAUAGCAGUCGAUGUUCACAGACCCCUGAUACUCAACAGGCUUUGAUAUGCGCACGAGAUUGGUUACGGACGCAAUCUGAUGAUGCGACACCAUUACCGGGCCAUUACGCUCUACGCCAUUACGUCGAGGCCAAUUGA